AAUUAGCGGAGAAAAUAUAGCCGGUCACACUGAAAGUCUGCUAAACGAAAUCGACCAUGUACAGGAACUUGGCAGUUUUGGCCAUUCUGGCCUUCUGCCUUACCUCCGCUGAAUAUUAUACUGUUCAAACGGCUGACAAAGACUUUCUAUUAAAACAAAAAAAGAUAUACAAUCUCUUGUAUCACAUUUCUCAACCGAGCAUCGUCAAUCCUGAAUUGUAUAUCGAGGGUCAACAAUAUGAUAUUGAAGCAAACAUCAAUUCCUACACCAAUCAAGACGCUGUAAAAGAGUUCCUGUAUCUAUACAAGUAUGGAAUGCUACCACGAGGCGAUGUCUUUUCCGUUUACUAUCCUAAACAUCUUAAGGAAGGGUUGGCCCUCUUCCAUUUGUUCUAUUAUGCCAAGGAUUUCGAUGUCUUUUACAAAACAGCAUUAUGGGCUCGUAUUUAUAUAAACGAAGGUCAAUUCGUUUGUGCCCUUUACAAUGCUGUUAUCCGCCGUCCAGAUACCCUUUACAUUCAACUUCCACCUCUCUACGAGAUGUAUCCCUAUGCCUUUUUCAAUUCCGAAGUACUGAAUAAAGCAAAUCAUGCGAAGCUCUACGGUAAGCUAGAUAAGCAGAAAUUAACUGGAUAUGAUACUUACAUUAUCCCAGCGAACUAUUCCGGCUGGUAUAUAACUUACGAGCAUGAUCAAGAAAACAAAUUGAAUUACUUCACUGAAGAUAUUGGCUUGAAUUUGUAUUACUUCUACUUCAGACAACAGUUCCCCUUUUGGCUGAAAAGCGAAGAAUAUCAAUUGCCAAAAUAUCGUGGAGAAGAAUAUUUGUAUGGACAUAAACAACUUAUGACACGUUACUACUUGGAACGUCUAUCGAACAAUCUUGGUAAGAUUGAAGAAUUCGACUGGCACAAAGAGUUCUAUCCUGGAUAUUAUCCAACCUUGACUUAUCACAAUGGGUUGCCGUACCCGCAACGUCCAUACAUGAGUACGUUCCCGUCUUACAAAUACAAAUAUAUUAAGGACGUAUACGAGAUGGAAUCACGUAUUUCCAGUGCUAUCGAUUCCGGUCUUAUCAUCGAUAGGAAUUCCAAAUUGAUUAAACUUCAUUCUUCAAACGAUCUUAAUAUUCUCGGUAAUUUAAUCGAAGGUAAUCAGGAUUCAUAUAACUACGAUUAUUAUGGAAGCUUAGACUACUAUAUUAGAAAAAUUUUGGGAUACAACGUUGAUCCUGCAACACCAUAUCAUGUUCUACCAAGCGCUCUUGAAAGUUUUGCCACAUCCUUGAGAGAUCCAGCUUUCUAUCGGCUCUACAAGAAGAUCUGUAAUUAUUAUUACAGAUACAAGUUACGCCAAGAACCUUAUACCAAAAAUAUGAUUGUUUUCCCGAGUCUCAAGGUUGAAUCCUUUGCUGUAGACAAAUUGAUCACUUAUUUCGAUCAAUUCGAUACAUCCCUUAACAAUGGUUUGAUGGUCGAAAACCAACAAGAAGCUGAGAGCUAUAUAAUCAAAGCGAGACAAUAUCGUCUCAAUCAUAAACCAUUCAAUUUCCACAUAACUAUUAAUUCCGAAAAAAGUAUCAAAGCAUCUAUUCGUAUUUUCCUAGGACCUAAAUACGACAUACAUCGUAGAUUCCUUAAUUUUGAAGAUAACUUGAAAUAUUUUUAUGAGAUCGACAACUGGAUAACCGAUCUGAAUGCCGGUAUAAAUAAGAUCGAUCGAAACAGCAAGGACUGUUUCUUCUUGUCUCCUGAUCCAGAACCGAGCGAAAUUUUCUAUAAGAGGAUCGAAAGGUCUUUAAAUGAUUCAGAAACCUUUAAAUACAAUGAAAGGCUUUAUGGAUUCCCGGAGAGACUGCUUUUGCCUAAAGGAAGAGUAGAAGGUUUUCCAUUAUAUAUGUUCAUCUAUGUCAGUCCAGUAACCAGCGAGCCUCUUUUAUACACGUCUCGUAUCUUCGGUAAUUACAAAUUUGAUAAUAAACCAUUUGGAUUCCCCUUGGAUAAGCCAACCGUCGAUUUCCAUUAUGAUGGACCUAAUAUGUUACUAAAAGAUGUCUUCAUUUUCCACAAGGACGAAAUUGAAAAUUUUAACGACAUAGUUAUUUGAUUUAUCAUUUACGUAAUUCAUUAAGAAAAUGUUAAUUUUUAUUAAUACAUCUAAUAACUUCAUUUUUCAUGCUAAAUAAAAUCUUAUUUUAUAAAACCGCAAAA